AUGCUCAGCCGCAGCCUCAACAUCUUCCUCGGCCUCAUCGCCCUCCUCUCCCUCAUCACCCCCACCCUCGCCGGCCCAGACUGGUGGCAAAUGUACCAAAACGAACUCGCCUGCGCCCGCAAAGACGUACACGUACUAGGCGCCAUCAACCAAUUCUGCAACACCAACGUCUACACGGGCGGCACCUACGCCUCCGAAGGAACAACUGUCAGUGGAGCUAGAGUGGGAAUCGGUGCAAGCUGCAAAUGGGGAACCUAUGUGCCGCAGAUUUGGUGCCAGAGCCAGUUUUACGAGACGUGUGCGUGGGGCAAUGGAAGGGGUAGGGGCCAGAGACAGUAUGAUGGUGGGUGUCAGCAUUUCUGGAUCAUCAAUGGUUGA